CAUUUCUUGACCAAUCCCCCAUAGUGGGUAUGAGCCACAUACUUGAUAGAAAACAACAAAAACAACAAUUUGCGACCGAGUAAGCCGUUCCAGCUCCUGAUCUCUGCUGCCAUCUUGUCGCAAUGUCGUCGGUCGCAGACGCCAUCAAGACUUACUUCGACAGUUGGCACGGAUUUUUCAACAUAACAGAAACGGCGGGCGACAUGCUGCUGUUCCUGUUCCUGUACAUGGGCACCCUGGAGACGGACUCGCAGAAGUGCCUGAUGAACAUGUGCAUGGGCUACGGCGUCAACGGGCUGCUCUUCGUGGUCGCCUCGGUGCUCUCGACACCCACCGCCGGGACGCUGCCGUACAUAUUCUACUACCACCUGUUCCAAUGGACGGCCAUGCUGGCGCUCAUCAUAUGCGGCGUGAAGAUAAUCGCCGACAAGCAAGGAGGUGGCGGAGCGACCAUGCAGGCGGUAGUGGCCGUCAUGUGCGGAGGCAUCCACGCCGGACAUAGCGGCUACAUUCUGUACCGGCAGUACAUCAAGGAGUCGUAGCACCGGCGAAUAAACGAGACCGCUGUCCUUGCAGGUUCA